UUGAAAGAACAAAAAAGAGAAGCCCUCACACUCUCAAGAAAAUUCAGUGAGAAAAAUUCCAAAGAUCAAACCCACCCUAUAAACAUUCAUUCACUGCUCAAACAAAAAAAUAUCAGAAACACAUACAUACGGUGAGGAAAAAAAGCACAAAACGAAGAAAGGAAAACGUCUUAUCUUUCUUUGUUCUGAAGCGCUUCGGUGUGGGAGAUUAGAAUCACUAGGGGUUUUAUUUCGUCCAAGACUACAACUGAGAGGGUCUUUCAACGUUGGUGCAGAUUCUGAAUUCCGUGGAUAUGGAUUCAUCUAGGAAGAGGAAGAGUAGAGGGGAUGGAGUGUCUGUGGCUCAGAGAUUGGCCAAGUGGAAGGAGUACAAUGCUCAACUCAAUGAGAGUAAACCUGCUUGUAAAGUUCCGGCCAAAGGGUCGAAGAAGGGAUGUAUGAAAGGAAAGGGAGGGCCGGAGAAUUGGCAGUGCAAAUAUAGAGGUGUUAGGCAGAGGAUUUGGGGUAAAUGGGUUGCGGAAAUUCGAGAGCCAAAUAGGGGAAAGAGGCUCUGGCUCGGUACAUUUGAUAGUGCAGCUGAUGCUGCCUCUGCCUAUGACGAAGCUGCUAGAGCUAUGUAUGGUGUUUCUGCUCGCCUCAACUUUCCGGAUUCCGUGAAUCACAGGCUCUUGACAGAGUCUGCGAGGGAUUGUUGUUCUAUUUCCUCUUUAUCUGGCCCUUGUUCAAUUGGAACUCCUGCUGGUUCUGAUUCCAUAACUACCACAAACCACUCUGAAGAAUGUUUCCCCAAUGUGGAAGGUGAAUUGGGAAUGAAUAAGCUGAAUUCUGAGUUCGCUGAAGCUGAUGAUAUGCCUAGUAGUAUAGUGAAGACAGAAGUAAAGGAUGAGACUCUGAAUGCUAAAGAACAUAAUAGCCGUGGCAUGCAUGAUGUCAAGCAGGAACUGAAGAAUGAGGCUACUGGUGUGGUGAACAACUGUGGGGAUAAUGAGCAGGAUUACUUGCAGGAUUAUUCUGUAGAUGAAAUGUUUGAUGUGGAAGAAAUUAUGGCGCUAUUAGACAAUAAUCCUUUUGGUAACACAGAUUCAGUGAUGGGUUUUGGUUUUGAUGCUGAUCAAGUUGGAUUCCCUGGCAGAAAUCAAUGUGAAAAGGCAUCAAAUGUGUCGUAUGAGUUGCAGAAUCCAGAUGCCAAAUUACUAAGGAGCUUGAAUCAUAUGGAAAAGGCACCUUCUGGAGAUGAUUAUUUUGUGGACUUCUUGAAGUCAGAUUGGCUGGAUAAGAAUAAUGGGGUAGACGAAUACCUUGAUUUGGGAUUACCAGAUUUCAGAUUUUGAUGAAAUACAUUUCUUUAGAAUGCAGACUCGAAUUCUUUUUGCUGGCUGAACCAAUUCUUUACGAGGUUUUAGAUUAGGGAAUUCAGCUUGUUCUUUACCAUUAUACCACUUAUGGAACUAAGGUUUAGAUUUCAAACAAACUGUUAUCCCAACCUCUAUAAACAAAGUGUUGGUCAGUGUUAUUUGCCAAAAAGAUUGGUAAGAUAUUUGUAUUUGUUUACUGUUUCUGGUUUACAAUAUAAUUGACCAUUUAAAUUUUCCUUAUUCUGUCAUA